AUGAGCAUUCUCUCGGAAAUUUUGAGUACGGGCCAUGUUGACAAGGAACUUCUCGAUGCAUUAGAUGACGCUCAAAAGCAGUUAUUGUUCUGUCAAAUGCGCGCUGAACAGGUAAGAAAAUGGCAAGCGAAUGAGGAACGACUGGAGCGAGAGGGGGCCCCUAAGAAAACGGCAAACAAGAGAGGGAUCAAAUGGCUAACUGGAGCCGAUGGUGAAGUUUGGGUUUGGGUAAUGGGCGACCAUCCUUUGGAUAAAUCCAUUGAGGAGAUUUUGGAGGAAGAAGCUCGACAAGAAGCACACAAUCGAGCUCUGAAGGAGCUGACAGGUCAGGGAGACACUGAGGUAAAAGAGCCCGAAGAAGCUCUGAAAGCACAACUGGGACAAAUGCGUGUAGGAGUUACUGAUUCUAUAUAUGACGACUCUGACACUUCGUUUGAUCCCACUCAUCCUUUGCUAUUCCAGCCUGUUCGGAGAGACUUGACUCCAAAUGGGAACGGAGUUGCCUCUACUAAUGGCGCUUCACCUGCGCGUCCUGUGGCAAUGACUGCAACAACAGUGUCAAGUUUCACAACUCCGCAGCCGCAGAAAGCCGAACUACGCGGGCCACCGCCGCCUAUCCCCGCUCGGCCGCCGAAUCUCACGGGAAAAGCAGCUGUGCAAGUGGGUCAGAAUACGCCCGCAGUAGCUACGCCCGCACCUACCACAUCAUGGCAAGACACAAUCCUAGCAAAUGGAGUAAAAAUGAGGCAGCCCCGCGACAUAACAUGGGAACAAAAAGCAGAAGACGUGCAAAAGCGGGAGUCAGAGAUAUUCCAGAGCAUCCAAGAAAAGCGAGAGCGUAUCCGUCGGGAAGCUGAGGCAGAGUCGGAAAGGCAACGCCUUGAGUGGGAACAGCAAAAUCAGCGUGCUCGUGAAGCAGAAGAAGCUAUGCGUAAAAUGGCUCAGAAAGCGCGCGAGCAGCACCGACAACUGAUAAGAACGUCAACGAGUAUUCUCCCUGCGCUGAAAGACACAAAGGCGACAUCGUUGAGAGAAGCCAUCAAGAACUUACCGAGACCACCGAAGCCAAAAUCACGGGCUGCCAUUGUGGAUUGGUUCAAAAGAGAUGAAUGGCCCCGUGGCACUGGACAGGAUCCGAAGACAAGAAUGCCAGCACCGUGGUUUCAUGGGAUAAUUUCUCGGGACCAGGCUGAAAUUCUAUUGCAGGACAAGCCUACCGGCUCGUUCUUAGUGCGAGUUUCAGAGAGAAUAUGGGGGUAUACGGUAUCAUAUGUUGUUGGCGAUGGUACGUUCAAACAUUUCCUUGUUGAGCGGAUACCAGAAGGGUAUCAGUUUCUCGGCACAAAUCAGGUUGUUCAUGACCAAUUGUUUGAUCUCAUCUCUUAUCAUGAGACUGCUCCGAUCACAGCAAAGGGCGGUGAGAUUUUGAAGUGGUCAGUAGGUCAGAUGUUUCGUCCUCCAGAUUACCAUGAUAUAAUACCAGACACUGCGUUCCCUCAGGCUAACAGAUUAGUGGGGCGUUUCUGA